GUGGAAUUUCUUCCUCUUAAAAGUAAAUUGCACUUGAUACUUCAGCAUCUCCUCUAGGUUUUCCGCCAUUCCCCGCCGAUAAGAGAAGAGGCUCCCUUGAGCGGAUCUCUGCACCACUGAUUGAAAUGUCGGAAGCAGAUGAGUACCGCUGCUUUAUUGGUGGCCUUGCAUGGUCAACAUCCGAUAGGAAGCUGAAGGAUACAUUUGAAAAGUUUGGCAAACUUCUUGAGGCAAAGGUGGUUGUGGACAAAUUCUCUGGGCGCUCUCGUGGCUUUGGAUUUGUUACGUUUGAUGAGAGGAAAGCAAUGGAAGAGGCUAUUGAGGCUAUGAAUGGCAUGGAUUUAGAUGGUCGAACUAUCACUGUUGAUAAAGCUCAGCCUCAACAAGCAUCUGCUAGAGAUGAUGGUGAUCGUUACCGUGAAAGGGGUCGUGAUCGGGAUCGUGAUCGUAACCGAGAUUAUGGAGGUGGUCGAAGCUCUAAUGGUGGUGAAUGUUUUAAAUGUGGUAAACCUGGUCAUUUUGCCAGGGAGUGCCCUAGUGAAGGAGCAGGAGGGGGCAAGUAUGGUGGCAGGGAAGGUAGGUAUGGUGGCAGGAGUAGUGGUGGUAGUCACUAUGGUCCUGAUAGGAAUGCAGAUCGUUAUUCUGGUGGGCGCAACAGGGACUCAGGUAGUCACGGAGAAUCUGGGAGUGAUCGUCGUGAUCGUGCUGGACCUUAUGAACGUCGAGGAUCAGGAGGCUUUCGUUCUGGAUAGUGUACAAUCUUCAUUGAGCUGCAAAAUUUGGAUGUGUUGCUUUUGCUGCCUCAACUGCCUUUUACGAUGGCCAUGUUCUGGGAUUCUUGUUUGGGGAUCGAUGAUGACAGUGUUUUGAUGUGCCAUACUCAGCACAUAUAUCAAACCCAUUUAUGUUCCAAAAAUGCUGACCAUUGGGUCCGUUGAAAUCUUAUGCAUGAUUGACUUGCUAUCCAAAUUGGUGUUGUGCUCUAUGCUAUUGAUAAAUGCUGCUCGGUACCUUGUGAGUUGUGGUUUCCAUGCAUGGGGAAUUGCGUAUGGCAUAUUUUCUGCUGGAUUUCCAGUUUCAGUAUAUUGGAAAGUUAUUUGGUAGUGGAUGGAUUUUUCGAGGGCCAAGGUGGAAGUCCGUAUCUGGGAGUUUGCUUAGAGUUCCCGUUUGGAUAUGCUAUAUCUGGAUCUUUGAAUUAAACUAAUCCAGUGGGAUGCUUGGCUUAAUGUGGUCGUUUUGGAUUCAUCCUUGUGGUCCUUUAUUGCUAAUUGGAUGUGCAUGAUUUUCUAAAUUUAAAACCUUUCAGCUGCAGCAAGCCAUCUGCAGCUUCAUUCAGUAAUCAUGACACCUUUGUUUUCUGCAUGGGCUCUGGUGGAAAGAUGUGCUGGGCAUACUUUUUAUCUUCAUGCAUGUGGUUUGUUGAGCUUGUUUGCCGCGAUUCAAUUAGGUGGUCUUACUCCAAACCUGACUUAUGGUCCCAAAUUCCCAUUCUGUUCUGCAAGAUGGACUCAUGAUCUAUUGAGAUUUGAGAUUGCUGCCUCGUCCUUUAAUCCUUUUGUGGGCCCAAAAUUUCCAUUAUGUUCUGCAAGAUGGGCUAAUGAUCUAGCGUGAUUUGAGAGUGCUGCCUUUUCCUUGACCUCCAUACAGUGAUUCUGAAAGGAAGUUCUGUGGUCACCCUAGAAUAUAUAUAUAUAUAUAUAUAUAUAUAUUUAUAUAUAUAUGUUCUGCCCUAGUAACCUUUGUUUUCCCCCCUUAUACUGUUUGUCUGUAUGUCCAGUGAACAAACUAUACUUAAGAGUCAUGUUGCUGAAGGUGAGAGUUUGUGUUCUGAGUGACUGAACUCUGUAGGGAUUAACCACUAUACAGUUUUGCUUCAUGAUUAACUAGACGCAUUUUUUUCUCUUAUAUUGUAUGAAGUGUGAGGAGUAAGUUGCACUGCCUUGUCCUUAGGGUUUGAAUUUUCGAUAUGCCACAUAAAGUUAUGGGAAUUAAAGCAUGGUGGUAUGAUUCACUUGA